AGUGCAACGUUAUACCACACCAGACGCGCUGAUAAACAAUGUUUACAAAAUAUUUAUACUUUCUGUUCCUUAUCGCUCAAGUGCACAGUGCUAAGAGGAAAAAGAGUUAUGUGGAGUUGAAAUCGUGUGACAACGCGGCGAUCGCGGCGGAGAUACAGUCUUAUGACUCUGUGGUGCAAGAUAUCGUGGAUUAUGUUAGGACUGGGCCGUUUAAGGGGAAAACUUAUGACGAACUCGCAAAGUUCGUCGACACGUUCGGCGCUCGGCCGUCAGGGUCCGAAGUUUUGGAGAAGUCCAUCGAUUAUAUGAUACAACUGGCUAGAGAUGAAGAUUUAAAAGAUAUCACCACUGAGGAAGUAGAGGUGCCCCAUUGGGUUCGAGGAGAAGAAAACAUAACAAUGUUAGAACCACGAGUGAAAAACAUCGCACUCCUAGGCUUGGGGCCAAGUGUGAGCACGCCACCAGAAGGAAUCACAGCCGAGGUCAUCGUGUUCAACGAUUUUGAUGAGCUUGAGAAUGCAACAAAUGAUGAAGUCACUGGCAAAAUAGUACUAUUCGAUCCAGAAUUUACAACGUAUGGUGAAACUGUAGUUUACAGAAGUCAAAGUGCUACCAAAGCAGCUGCCAAAGGUGCUGUCGCAUCAUUGGUUAGAUCGAUAACGCAAUUUUCCAUUAAUUCUCCUCACACUGGAUCACAAGUGUAUGGUGAUGAUGUAAACAAAAUUCCAACGGCAGCUAUCACUCUCGAAGAUGCUGAUUUGAUAAGAAGAUUAGUCGAUCGUGAUGUAAAAGUCAAAUUGAAUAUCAGAAUGCAAUCUACACUUGAUACUAAAACAUCAAGAAAUACAUUAGUUGAUCUUAAAGGCACUGUUCUUCCAGAGAAAUUAGUAAUUGUUUCUGGUCAUAUAGAUAGUUGGGAUGUCGGCCAGGGUGCUAUGGAUGAUGGCGGUGGUUUAUUUGUUAGUUGGGCGGCACCUGUUAUUCUAAAACGGCUAAACUUAAGACCUAAAAGAACAAUAAGAUCGAUAUUCUGGACCGCAGAAGAACCUGGUCUGGUUGGUGCAUACGCUUAUGAAAAGAAGCAUAGGAAUGAGAGCGACAAUAUAAACUUUAUAAUGGAAUCGGACGAGGGAACAUUUGCUCCACUUGGUUUGGCUGUAUCUGGCAGUCAGAAAGCCAGAUGCAUUAUUGGCGAAAUUUUGAAGCUUUUUGAAUCUAUUGGAGCUUCAGAACUAGUUGAAGAUGAUAGUCCUGGCUCAGAUAUAGCGGUUAUAAUCAAAACGGGUGUUCCUGGAGCUGGUUUACACAACGCCAAUGAGAAGUACUUCUGGUUUCACCAUACUGAAGGAGAUACGAUGAACGUAGAAGAUCCUGAUGAGUUAGAUUUGUGUGCGGCGUUCUGGACUGCGGUGGCGUAUAUUAUUGCUGAUAUAUCUGAUGAUAUUCCACGAGAAUAGGUACAGUAAAUUGAAGAGAUGAUAAAAUUGUGAUACUAAAGACGUAUUAAAAUAAAUUGAUUUAAUUAUGAUUAUUUAUAUUCAGUAUGGUAUUACAUUCACGUUUCUAAAUAAAACAAUUUCGUACUAAGUAGCUUGGAA